AUGACCAUGUUUGGAGCAGUGUGUUCAGGUAGACCUAUUCAAUUGGCUGAACAGGUUGAUUCUACGAAAUAUGUGAUAACUAUUCCUAAUGCAGCAAAUGUAUCCCACAUUACAAUAUUUUUACUACCUAAUUCAACUUUUACUGAUGUUAAUUAUACAGCCUUGAUCUAUUUUCAAUUACCCAAUAGUCAAGAGUAUAAGCUAUUAGGUGGAAUUAAUCCAAAUAAACCUUCAGCUAUCUAUAAGUUGAACAAUAAUACUAAGAAAGUAGAUACUGACAAUUUUGACAUGGGCGAAGAUAUGAUUGAGUCAAAUGAUACAACUGUAAUCAAUAUAGGUAUUUCGAUUGAACCUACGCUCAAUGCGGAGCAGCUUAUACUCCAAGAACAACAUAAGCAAUCCAUGGUCGUAGCGAAAGCGGGGACCAUUCCUGCACCUGCUGACACUGCACAAUUGGCAAAUAAAAUUGUUGGACACGCAUACAAUUACUUAGCCAGCUUUAUAGAUAAUUCAGGUAAAGUACCUAUAAAAGCCUUUGAUAAUUGGUGGGAUAAAUUCAAAACUAAGUUGGCAAAUAAUCCUAACUUUCUCGAUGAGUUGCAGAAUUAG